ACCCUGCAAGCUGCAUCAAGCUUUAUCCUACGUGUUCCUUUGGUGAACCAGGCCAUUCCACAUUCUCUUCCCAGUCUUUUGCAUGACAUUUUUUUUCUGGAUUGCCCAGCUCAAAUAGGGCGGAGGUCAGCCCUGGUGUAGAGUCCCUUCCCUGUUUAAUGUACACUUAAACUUGCAAAAAGAUGACCGACCUCUUAAGAAGUGUUGUCACAGUCAUUGAUGUUUUCUACAAAUAUACCAACCAAGAUGGGGAGUGUGGCACACUGAGCAAGGAUGAGCUAAAGGAACUUCUAGAGAAAGAGUUCCGUCCAAUUCUGAAGAACCCAGAUGAUCCAGACACAGUGGAUGUCAUCAUGCACAUGCUAGAUCGAGAUCAUGACCGAAGACUGGACUUUACUGAGUUUCUUCUGAUGGUAUUCAAGCUGGCUAUGGCCUGCAACAAGGUUCUCAGCAAAGAAUACUGCAAAGCUUCAGGGUCAAAGAAGCAUAGGCGUGGUCACCGACACCAUAAGGAAGAAAGUGAAACAGAAGAGGAUGAAGAAGAUGCACCAGAACAGAAAUCAGGUUACAGGCAUUCAAAUUGGAGGGAGGGAGAGGAGUAUGGUUAUGGUUCUGAGGGUUUGAGGCGAAGUGUGAAACACAGACAUGGGUCAAAUUCCAGGAGGCUGGGAAGGCAAGGUGGUUUAUCUAGCUCAGAGAACCAAGAGAAAUCUGAGAAAAGACACCGUGGGUCUGGUCACUCAUGGAAUAGUGACAAAGAAAGACAUGGUUCCAGCUCUGGAGAGCUGGGGGAUAGAAGAAACAAGUCACAUGUUGGCCCCACCAGGGAAUCUGGGAAGGAAUAUGAAUCAGAAUCUGGAUCUGGGUCAAAGAGUGAGAGGAAGAAAAGUCAUGGUGGUCUGUCACAUAGACUGGAUGCUGGUGGGCAUGAAUCAAACUCUACUCAGUCAAGAAAUAGUGGAGGACAAAAGCUUGGGUCUAGCUCUAAAGGUUCAGAAGACAGUGGAAGACAAAGCUAUGGAUGUGGUUCCAGCAAUUCGGGUGGGUGUGGAAGUCCACAAAAUACUUCUAGUUCCUGUCAGGAAGGUAGAUUUGGAGGGCAAGGAAAUCAAUCUAGCUGCACUCAGUCAGGUUAUCAAACAGGAAGUAGUGGAAGACAAGAUCGUGGAUGUAUCUCGGGAGGUCAGUCCUCUGGAUGUGGUCAACAUGAGCCUAGCUUCUGUAGUCAGUCUUCUAGUCAAAGAGGAUACGGAUCUAGAGCAUGUGGUCAGACACAGAACUGUGGAAGACAACAGAAAACAGGUUCAAGUCAGUCCUCUUGCUGUGAACAAUAUGGGUCUGGAACAAGUCAGUCUUCUAGUUAUGGUCAACAUGGAUCUGGUACUUGUGGACACUUUUCAAACUCUCAUCAAAAAGGGUCUGGUUCAAAGGAAUUUUCUAAAUGUGGACAACAUGGAUCUGGCUCAUGUCAGUCCUCUGGCUUUGGACAUGGCUCUGGCUCAUGCCAGUCCUCUGGCUUUGAACAACAUGGGUCUGGCUCAUGUCAGACCUCUGGCUUUGGACAACAUGGGUCAGGAUCAGGUCAAUCCUCUGGUUUUGGACAACAUGGGUCAAGCUCAGGACAAUCCUCUGGCUUUGGUCAGCAUGGGUCUAGUUCAGGACCAUCCUCUGGCUUUGGCCACCAUGGAUCCAGCUCAGGUCAGUCCCCUGGCUUUGGUCAGUAUGGGUCUGGAUCAAGUCAGUCCUCCAGCUUUGGCCAACAUGGGUCUGGCUCAGGUCAAUCCUCUGGUUUUGGCCAACAUGGGUUUGGCUCAGGUCAAUCCUCUGGUUUUGGCCAGCAUGGAUCCAGCUCAGGUCAGUCCUCUGGCUUUGGUCAGUAUGGGUCUGGAUCAAGUCAGUCCUCCAGCUUUGGCCAACAUGGGUCUGGCUCAGGUCAAUCCUCUGGCUUUGGACAACAUGGGUUUGGCUCAGGUCAAUCCUCUGGUUUUGGCCAGCAUGGGUCUGGCUCAAGCCAAUCCUCUGGCUUUGGACAACAUGAGUCUGGCUCAGGUCAGUCCUCUGGUUUUGGACAACAUGGCUCUGGUUCAGGCCAGUCCUUUGGCUUUGGCCAGCAAGGGUCUGGCUCAAGCCAGUCCUCUGGCUUUGGACAACAUGGGACUGGCUCAGGUCAGUCCUCUAGUUUUGGACAACAUGGCUCUGGCUCAGGUCAGUCCUCUGGUUGUGGACAACAUGGCUCUGGCUCAAGCCAGUCCUCUGGCUUUAGACAACAUGGGUCUGGCUCAGGUCAGUCCUCUAGUUUUGGACAACAUGGGUCUAGCUCAAGACAGUCCUCUGGCUUUGGCCAGCAUGGGUCUGGUUCAGGUCAGACCUCUGGCUAUGGACAACAUGGAUCCAGCUCAGGUCAGUCUUCUGGCUUUGGCCAAUAUGGGUCUGGCUCAGGUCAUUCCUCUAGUUUUGGACAGCAUGGGUCUGGCUCAGGCGAAUCCUCUGGCUUUGGUCAACAUGGGUCUGGCUCAAGUCAGUCCUCUGCCUUUGAACAACAAGGGUCUGGUGCAGGUCCAUUUUCUAGCUCUGGACAACAUGGGUCUGGAACAGGUCAAUCCUCAGGCUCUGGACAUGGAUCUAGCUCACAUCAGUCCCCUAGCUUUGGGACUGGCUCAGGUCAUUCUUCUGGCUUUGGACAACAUGAGUCUAGAUCAGGUCAGUCUAGCUGUGGUCAACAUUGUUCCACUUCAGUGCAAUCCUCCAAUUUUGGCCAAGGAUCCUGCUCAGGAAAGUCCUCUAACCCUGAUCAACAUGCUAGCACAAGUCAGUCUUCUACUUAUGAUCAACAUGGGUUUAGCUCAGGGGAAUCUUCUGGAUAUGAACAACAUGAAUCUAGGGUAAGGGGAAAAGAAAGCUCUUGCACUAGUUCAGGAAAAGAGGGUCCAAAACAUGGAAGACCCAUAUCAGAUUCAGCCCACACUCAGAUAAGAGAAACAGGCCCAAAGAAAACUACUCAGAGGGAUAAUGAGAGAAACAAGAGACACAGUACAACAGCAAAAAAGACUGAAGAUCAUGACAGCAUUCAUGGACAUAGCCAACAAAGGCAAGGAUCAAGUCAGGAAAGAAGGACUUCUACAACACAGGACACGAAACAUAACCACAAAAAUGACAGUCAAGCCCAGACAGAUAAAUGGGAGACAUAUUCAGCAACUACCCGGGAGCAUUAUGAAAAUGACCAUGAAAAAUCAGGAGGAAUUCCCACAGGUAAAAAUGAAAGAUCUACUCACAGACAGGCAGGAGACAACACAAGACAUGCCCAUUCCGGCCAUGGACAGGCCACCAGGACAGAACCAAGUAGGACCCGAAAAACGGGAUCUGGCAGCAGUGAGUCCAGUGACAGGGGAAGGCUUUCAGGAGUCCCACAGACACAGACAGGGUCCCCUCAUGGCCAUGCUGGAUCUCAACAUGGAGAGUCGAGAUCUACCCAGGAAGGAAGACAGACAAUUACUCACAGACAGGCAGAAGACACCACUAGACAUACCCAGUCUGGGCAUGGACAAGCCACCAGGUCAGAAUCCAGUAGGACUGGAAGAAGAGAAUCCAGUGUCAGUGAGUCCAGUGACAAUGAACGGCACUCAGGAAUCCCACAGACACAGGCAGGAUCCCCUCAUGGCCACCCUGGAUUCCAACAGGGAGAGUCAGGAUCCACCCAUGAAGGAAGAUGGGAAACUACUCACAGAAAGCAAGGAGACACCACUAGCCAACCUCAUUCUGGUCACGGACAGGCCACCAGGACAGAAGCUAGCAGGACCCAAAGAAGCAGAUCCAGUGCCAGUGAAUCAAGUGACAGGGAAAGGCACUCAGGACUCCCACAGACACACACAGAGUCCCCUCAUGGCCAGGCUGGAUCUGAACAUGGAGAGUCGGGAUCCACCCGGGAAGGAAGACAGGGAACUACUCACAGACAGGCAGGCGACACCACUAGACAUACCCAGUCCACUCAUGGACAAGCCACCAGGUCAGAAUCCAGUAGGACCGGGAGAAGAGAAUCCAGUGUCAGUGAGUCCAGUGACAGUGAAAGGCACUCAGGAGUCCCACAGACACAGGCAGGGUCCCCUCAUGGCCACCCUCCAUUCCAACAGGGAGAGUCAGGAUCCACACUGAAAGGGAGACAGGGAACAACUCACAGACAGCAAAGAGACACCACUAGACAUACACUGUCUGGUCAUGGACAGGCCACCAGGACAGAAUCCAGUAGGACAGGAAGAACAGGAUCUAGGAGCAGUGAGUCCAGGGACAGGGGAAGGCCUUCAGGAGUCCCACAGACACAGGCCGGGUCCCCUUAUGGCCAUGCUGGAUCUCAACAUGGAGAGUCGGGAUCCACCUGGGAAGGAAGACAGGGUACUACUCACAGACAGGCAAGAGACACCACUAGACAUACACAGUCCACUCAUGGACAAGCCACCAGGCCAGAAUCCAGUAGGACCGGGAGAAGAGAAUCCAGUGUCAGUGAGUCCAGUGACAGUGAAAGGCACUCAGGAGUCCCACAGACACAGGCAGGGUCCCCUCAUGGCCACCCUGGACUCCAACAGGGAGAGUCAGGAUCCACACUGAAAGGGAGACAGGGAACAACUCACAGACAGGUAGGAGACUCCACUAGACAUACCCAGUCUGGUCAUGGACAAGCCACCAGGUCACAAUCCAGUAGGACUGGGAGAAGAGAAUCCAGUGUCAGUGAGUCCAGUGACAGUGAAAGGCACUCAGGAGUCCCACAGACACAGGCAGGGUCCCCUCAGGGCCAUGCUGGAUCUCAACAUGGAGAGUCGGGAUCCACCCGGGAAGGAAGACAGGGAACUACUCACAGACAGGCAGGAGACACCACUAGACAUACCCAGUCCACUCAUGGACAAGCCACCAGGUCAGAAUCCAGUAGGACCGGGAGAAGAGAAUCCAGUGUCAGUGAGUCCAGUGACAGUGAAAGGCACUCAGGAGUCCCACAGACACAGGCAGGGUCCCCUCAUGGCCACCCUGGACUCCAACAGGGAGAGUCAGGAUCCACACUGAAAGGGAGACAGGGAACAACUCACAGACAGGUAGGAGACUCCACUAGACAUACCCAGUCUGGUCAUGGACAAGCCACCAGGUCACAAUCCAGUAGGACUGGGAGAAGAGAAUCCAGUGUCAGUGAGUCCAGUGACAGUGAAAGGCACUCAGGAGUCCCACAGACACAGGCAGGGUCCCCUCAGGGCCAUGCUGGAUCUCAACAUGGAGAGUCGGGAUCCACCCGGGAAGGAAGACAGGGAACUACUCACAGACAGGCAGGAGACACCACUAGACAUACCCAGUCCACUCAUGGACAAGCCACCAGGCCAGAAUCCAGUAGGACCGGGAGAAGAGAAUCCAGUGUCAGUGAGUCCAGUGACAGUGAAAGGCACUCAGGAGUCCCACAGACACAGGCAGGGUCCCCUCAUGGCCACCCUGGACUCAACAGGGAGAGUCAGGAUCCACACGGAAAGGAGGACAGGGAACAACUCACAGACAGGUAGGAGACUCCACUAG